CGUGCGCAGAGAGCAGACAGAAUGCUACCUUCAGUGAGCAGAGCCUGCCCCUGCCCACAAGACGACGACUGACAGCAAAAUGCACAUAUUUUCCCCACGCGCCCUUUCAGCCAAAUAAAAGCAUAGUAACAAAAGUGGCUUCAAUUCGAAAAAACAGAGCUAGAUUUUUAUAUCAUUCUAGUUAUUCACAAAAAAACCUUUAUUGGACUUGGUUGGCCCCUGGAGCUUCAGCGUCACAUCAAGAGAGCAUCCGAGCGACGUUAUGUAGAUGAGAAGACUCGUGUGCUAUUUGGAGUAACUAAUGUACUUCAAAGUGGGAAUAUGUAUUCCUCGGAAAUUGGGGUCGUCUUCUUCGCAGUUGUGUUUCUUCAGAAAUCACCCUGAGGUGUCCCUUCAGUGUCUUUGGCAGUCAUGGAUAGCUGGGCCACUCCUGCUGUCAAACUGAACCAGUACACCCGAGCCCGCAUGACUGAGGCCUGGCAGCAGCAUGGUGUUUCUCAAUCUCAGGUGGUCCACUCCAUCCCUCCUGGAUCGGAAAACUCUUUGGGCUGUGCUGUGUAUGGAAUUGUUCUGCAACAAGAGUCAACGUCUUUACAGCAACCGCAGCCGACCCAGCAUGGACAGCACAACCAGCACAACCAGCAACACAGUGGGAAUCAGCAACAUGGAAGUGGGCAGCACAGUCAGCAGCACUCGGCCCAGGCACAACAAACCAUCACGCAAGUAGGGACAGAAAGUGGACACAAAUGUGGGUCAUGUGGGCAUGAUAUCUCCCACCUGGCCAACCCCCAUGAACACCAGUGCAUGGUAAAUCAGGACAGAUCAUUCCAGUGCACACAAUGCAUGAAAAUUUUUCAUCAGGCAACUGACUUGCUAGAGCACCAGUGUGUUCAAGUGGAACAGAAGCCCUUUGUGUGUGGCUUGUGUAAGAUGGGCUUCUCCUUGCUUACGUCUCUGGCCCACCACCACUCAUCCCACAACAGCAGCAAUCCGAUGAAGUGUUCAAUAUGUGAGAAGACAUACCGGCCCGGUUCUUCUGGCAACGUGACCUCCAGCUCCUCAUCCAACAACGUCCAACAACCCAGCAGUCUUAGAGCGUCAGUCAGCAGCAGUUCUUCCAUUCUACCGUUCCCAUCAGCUCGUGACCGCCCAUACAAAUGUUCCGUUUGCCAGAAGGGUUUCAAACACUUGUCAGAACUCACCCGCCACGAUAGAGUGCAUACAGGAGAGAAGCCUUAUAAAUGUGACACAUGUGACAAGGCUUUCAGCCAGUCAUCGCACCUCCAGCACCACCAGCGGACACACAGCAAUGAACGUCCUUUCAAGUGUGCCGUUUGUGAGAAAAGCUUCAAGCACCGCUCCCACCUGGUACGCCACAUGUACGUGCAUUCUGGCGAGCACUUAUUCAAAUGUAACCUAUGUGAGUUGCACUUCAAAGAGUCAUCUGAGCUGCUGCACCAUCCCUGCCACCCGCAAGGCUCUCGCCCUUUCCGCUGCGCCACUUGCGGAAAGGGUUUCAAGCGACCCUCAGACCUUCGCCAACACGAGCGCACGCACUCAGAGGAGCGUCCCUUCCACUGUGAUGAGUGUCAGAUGAGCUUCAAACAGCAGUACGCCCUGCUGCGCCACCGCCGUACGCACAAAGACCCGAGCGACCGGCCGUUCAAAUGCAAUCUCUGCGACAUGGGCUUCAUGCAGCCCUCACACCUCCUCUACCACCAGCACGUGCACGGCAUGGACAACCUGUUUAAGUGUGCCUCGUGCCAAAAGGAGUUCAGCCAAUCAGGAGAGCUGCUUAGGCAUAAGUGCGGGGAUGUACCCAACACGGUGCCAGACAAGCCAUAUAAGUGUGACGUCUGCGGCAAGGGGUACAAGAAAAGUUCCACGUUGCAGCGACAUCAAAACUCUCACUGCCAAGAAAAACCCCUCAAGUGCUCCCUCUGUGACCGCCGCUUCCUAUCCACGUCUGAAUUUGUGCAGCAUCGCUGCGACCCAUCCCGAGAAAAGCCACUCAAGUGCCCUGACUGUGAGAAGCGUUUCAAAUACUCCUCAGACCUCAACAGACAUCUACGCAUACACACCGGCGAGAAGCCGUACAAGUGUGAGCAUUGCAACAAGUUCUUCAAACAACGUGAACACAUGACCAAACACCAGAGCACACACUCCAGAGAAGGACAGUUUAAGUGUGUUUGGUGUGGUGAGCGUUUCAGUGACUUGGGCUCCUUGCAGGAUCACACAGUACAACACACAGCUGAUGGAGGGGAUUACCCUGUGUCGCAGUGCGUGUAACUGAAUCCUUAAACGGAAUUUGUUAACUUGUCCCCUACAAGCAUGCUUCUACCAAGUGCUACAGUUUGGAUUUGGAAAGGUACACAAUUGUUUUUGCAUUUUAUCAAAAGUUACAAAGUCUCACAUGGGAUACCUUUAAGGUGGAGCUAGCCACACAAAAGAGCAGUAAUCUUAGCUUUUCCCUUGGUGUCAAGGAGUGUUCUGAUCAGAUAAACCAUUGGUCUCCAAACUAUUCCACAUAGGGUCACAGUGGGCGCAGGAUUUCAUUCCAACAAAACAAGACAGCACCUAUGCACCAAUCUGGUGUCUUACAGGUAUAAUCAGUUGAUUGCAGCCAGGUGCUGUUUGUUUUAGCAGAAACUUCAUUGGUUAAACUGUCGGUACUCGAUUGGUUGGAACAAAAACCAGGACCCACAGCAGCCCUUGAGGACCGGUUUGGAGACCCCUGAGAUAAACCCUGAUCAUGUUGUACAUUCAGAAUUGUUAUGGCUGCAUCAGCAAUGCAUUGUAAAUAUUAUCUUAUUAUACUUAACAGCCAGAAAGCGAUUCAACAAAGAAAAUUAAUAUACUGGUAGUACAUUGUUGUCCGAGUGCAAUGCGUUUUCCAAAAUUGAACCUCUUGUAAUUCACUUCAAGAUAUUAUAAUGCAGAAAAAUGCAGACAUAUUCCUUUUUACCAAUCAAGAGUAGGGAUGUCCCAAUCUGAUCAUGCCAUUUUUCAGAGGAUCGGAAUCGGGUGAAAAGGAUUGGGUUUUUAAUUUUAAAAAAUACAUUUGUUUUUUUUAUGCUUAUACAGUGCCACAUCCUACUUCCUGCUAAGCAGUGCGGUCAAACUGUCCAAUGCAGCUUGCGUUUGGUACACUGAAAAACAAUAACUGGUGGAUUUACUUGAUAAAAUUGUAACAAUUUGCACUUGUAAAAUUGACUUGAUAAAAGUUAAUAAAAUCAUUGUAACAAUUUGCACUAGUAAAGUUUACUUAAUAAGAGUAACAAUUUGCACUUGUAAAGUUUACUUAAUAAAGUUUACUUAAUAAAAGUGCAAAUUGUUACAAUGAUUUUAUCAAGUAAAUCCUCCAGUUAUUUUUUUCCAGUGUACUUAGUUAACGAUGAUUGACAGAUUUUUAGCUUUGAUCUUGCCCCAGAAGCUUGGUAGCGCUACGAUCAAAGGCGCAAAUGUCUCAGUCCUUGUUAAACUUGCAGCUCAGCCAUAAGUGUGCUGUGGCAACUUAUUGUGCAAAUGAGGGGCCGUUUUUAGCAGCGUGCACGUCAAAGCUUGAGAGUAUUUGAGGGGACUCGGUCAAUGAAGCAUUUAAUAAAGGUGAGCAUUUUUUUACAUUAUUGUUGUUUAAAAAUAAUUCACAUUAUGAAGGCGGCACGAUGGGACAGUAACAUGUUUGGAACUUUUGUUCAAAUUACCGUAAAAUACUUUUUUUUUUUCUCUGUAUCGGAUGGGGACGUGGUAUCGACAGAUUCUCGGGUGCAAAAAUAUGCGAUCGGGACAUUCCUAAUCAAGAGUCAACUGUGUGUCUAGCUCCACAUUUUUGUACUGAACUCACCUAAAUGUUGAUAUUUAUAAGACCUAUUGUCAUUUCAGUAGGGCUGAAUGAUUUUGAAAAAGAAUUUCAUUUAUUUAUUUUUUUUGUCUCUGUAUUGUGAUUGCGAUUUACACUGCUGGCCAAAAGUAUUGGCAUCCAUGCAAUUCUGUCAGAUAAUACUCAAUUUCUCCCAGAAAAUGAUUGCAAUUACAAAUGCUUUGGCAAUUAUAUCUUCAUUUAUUUUGCUUGCAAUGAAAAACCACAAAACACCAAAAAAAAAAAAAAAAAAACUCAUUAUCAUUUUACACAAAACUCCAAAAAUGGGCCGGACCAAAGUGUUGGCAACCUCAGCCUAAUACUUGUUAGCACAACCUUUAGACAAAAUAACUGCGAACAACCGCUUCCGGUAUCCAUCAAUGAGUUUCUUAGACAAUUCUUCUUAGGCCAACUGUUCCAGGUCUCUGAGAUUUGAAGGAUGUCUUCUCCAAACUGCCAUUUUCAGAUCUCUCCACAGGUGUUCGAUGGGAUUCAGGUCUAAACUCAUUGCUGGCCACUGUAGAAAUCUCCAGUGCUUUCUCUCAAACCAUUUUCUAGUGCUUUUUGAAGUGUGUUUUGGGUCAUUGUCCUGCUGUAAGACCCAUGACCUCUGAGGGAGACCCAGCUUUCUUACACUAGGCCCUACGUUAUGCUGCAAAAUUUGUUGUUCAGACUACCAACAAAUUUCUUAAUGCAGAUGGCCAAGCAGUCAAGUGCCAGAGGUAGCAAAGCAACCCCAAAACAUCAGGGAACCUCCGCCAUGUUUCACUGUGGGGACCGUGUUCUUUUCUUUGAAGGCCUCAUUUUUUUCCUGUAAACUCUAUUUUGAUAAAAGCUCUACUUUUGUCUCAUUUGACCAGAGAACAUUCUUCCAAAACGUUUUUGGCUUUCUCAGAUAAGUUUUGGCAAACUCCAACCUGGCUUUUGUAUGUCUCUGGGUCAGAAGUGGGGUCUUCCUGGGGGGUUUCAUUCAGACGCCGACGGAUAGUACAGGUUGACACUGUUGUACCCUCAGAGUGCAGGACAGCUUGAACUUGUUUGUAUGUUAGUCGAGUUUCUUUAUAUACCAUCCGCACAAUCUUUAGUUGAAAUCUCUCGUCAAUUUUUCUUUUCUGUCCACAUCUAGGGAGGUUAGCCAAAGUGCCAUGGGCUAUACACUUAGUAAUGACACUGCGCACGGUAGACAGAACAUUCAGGUCUAUGGAGAUGGACUUGUAGCCUUGAGAUUGCCCAUGCUUCCUCACAAUUUUGCUUCUCAAGUCCUCCGACAGUUCUUUGGUCGUCUUUCUUUUCUCCAUACUCAAUGUGGUACACACAAGGACACAGGACAGAAGAUGAGUCAACUUUAAUCCAUUUUAACUGACUGCAAUUGUGAUUUAGUUAUUGCCACCACCUGUUAUGUGCCGCAGGUAAGUAACGGGUGCUGUUAAUUACACAAAUUACAGAAGCAUCACAUGAUUUUUCAAAGGGUGCCAAUACUUUGUCUGGCCCAUUUUUCGAGUUUUGUGUAAAAUUAUAAUUGUUUAAAAAAAAAAAAAUCAAUUUUGGUUUUUUUUCAUUGCAAGCAAACUAAAUGAAGAUAUUACUACCAAAGCAUUUGUAAUUGCGCUCAUCUUCUGGGAGAAAUUGAGCAUUAUCUGACAGAAUUGCAGGUGUGCCAAUACUUUUGGCCAGCAGUGUAUGUGUGGGUUUUUUUUUUUUUUUUUCAAGGUCCUCAUGUUUUUUUUAGUUGUUUUAAUGAGCACAAGCAAUAAAUAAAUAUGUAUCACAGUAAACAAUAUCAGAUUCAUUAUACAGUACACUUUAGUCUCAUAGGUUUCUGCUAAAAUAUUGGCAAAUCAAUGAUGUACUGUAUUAAAAUAAAAGACUGGUUGGCCAAUUAGUUUUGUUAUCUUACUAAACAUUUUAACUAUCAGUCUUUUAAAAGCAUUCGCUUCGACAAUUUUCAGCAAUCACAAAAUUCUCCCAAACAAGUGUCGGCCAAACAAAUUAGUAAGUCAUAAAUACCUCCGUGAAGUUGGCACCCCAUUAGACACAAAUUUAUGUAAAAAUGAUGUCAAUUGUUUGUGCUACACUUGUGCUAUAAAAAGAUUAGUUUGUGCUGGUAUAGUUUUUAAGAUAUUCACUACUCUUCUCUAGGUCAAUCUUAGGACUGUGCUACGUUUGUGCUAGUUGUUGGGACACCCCUCUGUUAUUGAGAGAGUUGGUCAUCUCCGUCAGCCGCGACAGAGGGGCUGCGAUUGACAUCACUCGAAAUUAAUCUCAAUAUCUAUAAAUAAAAAAAUCUAAAAAUGAAAAUUUUUGCAGAACAAAUUUAGCAUAAACAAAUAGCACCAUUUCGGGUCCAUUUUCCAAAAAAUCGGGGGGCUGCGUGACCUCAUAUCUCGAAAUUAAUAUCUCAAAAACUAUAGCAGCACAAACAAAACUUUUUACAGCACAAACGAUUGACAUCAUUUUUAUAUAGAUUUGCAUCUGAUGGGGGGGCCAAAUGGAGCAGUGUUUUUUUUUUACUUCAAAAUCGCAGCCAUUGAAAUUUGAAUUCUACUACAUUGCAAUGUUCAUUUGAAUUUGAUUAAUUAUUCAGCCCUACUUAAUUAGAAAAAAAAUCUCUCCUUACACUGAUACAAGCCAAGUGCUUCGCAAAAAUAUAGAAUUUGGAUUUAAGUACUGUAAUCUUUUUUUGCAGAUUGCCUAAAUUUUCUGACGUAAAUUCAGAUAGAUAAAUAUAUCUGGCGGAAAAUACUCAGGUGACUUGAAGUUCCGCUCUGAGACCCCCAAUUUGGCCAAAUUUCAAAAUUGUCCUAUAUGCAUGUGCGAUACAUCAUUGGAAAGCUUAAAAUCUCAAUUUACUGGUGGAAGAAAAAUUUUGAACAGGAAGGCAUUUUAAAAAAAAAAAAAAAAGAAUCAAACCCCUAAACCCUAACUCGAGGUGAGAGCAUGAGAGGGCAUAAUCAAAGACAUCAUGAUUUUAACGAGAUCGCAUACUUACCUUGUUUUGAUCCAAAAACUCAGUGUAGCAUGUCUUACCGAGUCUCACAACACAGCUGUGAAUGGCCACAGCCGGACUUUUGAGGGAUUUUAUGGGUGAAACACUGUAAUAUUACAAAGGUCGCAAUGCAGAAAUCGCAGACAUCAAGGAGUGGUCGAGAUUUUCUUUUUCAAAUACUGUAUUUACCCUUUUAAAUGUUUUUUUUUUUUUUCUUUUCAAUUUUUCUUUGUUUGGAUCGAUUAUCUAAAAUAUUGGGGAAAAUACGACAGUAACAAAAAAAAAAAAAACAAUUAAGCGAUAGUUAUGAGGUAGAUAUCCGUGACCUAUUUACACACACUAAUUUUUUCAUUGUGAAGUAAUUUGUUUAAAAGUUUAAAAUAUGCGAGUGAAUAAUUUUAUUAAGUAUUUUUUUAACUAGAUAUUAGAAAUCAAUUAAUGAUUCCAAGCUAAAAUGAUAGACAUUUCGAAUAAUAAUUAUAAUUACUUACCUUGUUUUUAUGGCUAGGUUGAAACAAAAGCGGUUGCACGGUGUCUGUAAAUGGGGGUCUCCAUGGUAAAACGGACAAAUUAAAAAUAGUUUGGGGGCUUAAUGUGCCAUGAAACUGCUAUUGGUGCAUAUAGACAUAUUGUUCCAUCAAACACAACAGUUCAUUCAUCUUAAAAUACAGUAGUUUAUUUUAAAGAGGGGUGCAAGAGCAGAAACUUCCUUGUCUGUGUUUUCCGCCAUAUAUAUAUUGUCCACCAUAAUUCGUAACCUGCACUCAAAGAGUGUUUAAACCUAGAGUUCAUGGACAUCACCUAAUUCUGACAGUACUCCCUGGAGACCAUUUGCUCAGCUCCAAUGCAGCCACCUUUACUUGCUUGAUUUGGGGUUUUUUUAACCUUCACUUUUGUAUCAAAAUGUGAUAAGCAUGUUCAAUUGGAAUAUGAAAAAUACUGUAGACGAGGCACUCGCUACGAGGAGCUGCAACUAUUAAGAGGUAAAAAUUAUAUUUUUGUGAAACCUCUUGAUGUAAAGUUGAAAGGGCACACUUGCAUCUUGAUCAGAUUAGGUCCGUAUUUUUCAUGGACAGCCACAACAAUACAAUACAGUAACACGACUUCACACAAUACAUUAGGUUAUAAGAUAAAGAGCUACAGGUAUAUCUUCCUUUGAUUUAACAAUGUGUAUAAUAACACACGUGUCGAAUCUUAAAGUUAUAUCAGUUACAAAUACGGUUCAGAAUGAAGAAAUGUAUCAUGAUAUUGUGGAAAUAAUGUUGUGGUUAUUCACGUAAUGGCAAAACAAUGAAAAACCUAAAAUGCUUGAUCCAGAUAUUAGCUGCUUCCUACAUCCCAACUUGUUAGAAAUACCAUGAUUGCAAUCUGUAAAAUAAGGGUGAAGAAUUGGACAUCAAGUAAAUUCAGUUGUCACAUUUGUUCUUAGCUCUCCCCUUUCCCAAGUUUUCUUCUCCGAUUCUUCAGCGUCUACGAAUACAUGUAUAAAAUGGCAGCCAUUCCUUUUUGAACUGGUCACAGACAAUUAAAGAUUAAUUUGUGUUUCAUCUCCAUUCUCCUCCACAAAAUGUUCAUCAUGAUAAUUCCUUUACCUAAUUCUCCACAAUUCUGGUUUAAUGUUCCUCAAAAAUGACACCCAAGGCAGCUUAAACAUAAAGAUGACCUGUUGCUUUAUAAUAGUUCUCGUAAAUGGACUAGCUUGAAGUUUGUGGUGCUUGAGUGGUUUUGUCCAUCUCGGAAAGUAGUUACAAUACAUAUGUGUGGUUUUCUCUUUAAAAUUAAGAUGAUAGUAUUGACAUUCAGUAAGUACCAGUUUUCAGUCUCUUUAAACUUCCUUCAGAGGUCAGUGCUGUACAUAUGUGGAUGUAUGUGACUUAAGCGUACCCUGUCAUAAUGUCUCUCAAGAAAAUGUAUUUAAAGAUUUUUUUGUAUUCUUGCUACUUUUUAAUCAUGUUUUAUGUUUUGGACAAACGUUUUGCUGUCGAUGCAGUCAUCGUAGUCGGGUUGAAGCAUGGAUUUUUGAGAGGUAAAAAAAUAUAUAUACUUUGGUGCUCACCAAGUCAAUGCAGCAAAUUGAAAAUACAAUAAUUAUAAACUUGGGCCCCUGUCAGUUAUUGAUUCUGAGAACCAUCAUCACUUUUAACCCUCCGCACACACCGUUUUGAGGCGCCUCGGCAUGUAGUGAUUGUGUCAGUAUAUUGAACUGUCUCAGUGUGUGAAUGUUGGCUAUAUCUGCUUAAACGGGGAAAUGUGUAGAUAGUUGGACAUACAGUAAAAAAAAAAAAAACGCAAUGUCUCACACCUGAGCUUUUAAAAAACAUCUAAUCUUUAUCUGUCAUAGAUGGUCAAUCUGCAGCUAAACAUCUUUUGUUCUUUAGAUUCACUAGUGUUUUUGUUUUUAAAAGUGUUUCUCUCAAGGUAGAAAAUUACAUAACAUGUAGCUUUGCUGAAGACCUGGUUCAUAAUUCUCUAUUCUAUUAAUCUGGCAAAUUCUCCAAGUUCUUUCUUCCCCAAAUCUCCAUCACAGUUUGUCAUUAAAAUGUAGUUAAUUUUUUUAUGUAUUCUCUAUUCAAGCCUUAAAAUAUGUUUUAUCUACCCACUAAACCGUCCAUUGUUUGUACAUGUCUGACAUUUGCAUGAACUUAAAGAAUAUGAGUGACAAGCGGAGGUUUUAUGUUUUCAUUUUGAUAAUGAUACGACCUGUAUAUUCUAGGAAAACGAUAUUGAUAUUGACUGAAUGUCAAAUUUUUAGAGAUAUCUUACCUGGCGAUUUUCUGUCCUCCCAGUUUCUCUUGUUUGAACAAGAUCAAACACAGAUGGAUAGUAAUUUAAAAAGAUGGAAACAAUAAAUUCAAUGCGUCAAAGAUG